CUGCUUUUCGCAACUGUCUGUUCAAACCAGCAAACCGACCAACAGAUCUUUGUCAAGACACCUCGCCAUGUCGAACGCCGGUGCCCAGGAGAUCCGCUUCCGCUGCGCCAUUGCCGCUGUCGGGUCCGAGGAUAAUUUCCAGGUGUACACCCAGGACACCAACGGCCGUAUCCGCGAGACUCGCUUCCACGACGGCCAGUGGUCCGGUGGCUCCCAGCACGAUGUGGUCGCACAGGCGAUACUGGGGUCACCCAUUGCCGCUGUUUGUCGGACCUCCAAUACUCAGGUGAAUCUGUUCUUCAUUGGAGAAGACCGCGUAGUCAGGGAGGUCUACCGUGACAACCACGGAAGAUGGCACGAGGGAUCUCUCAACCGCCACCAGAUCAGGGUGGCGCCUUACUCGAUGAUGGCGGCGUGCUGCCACCGGGUCAAGAAUACCACCCACCUCCGCGUCUAUGUGCAGAUGCAGGAUAACACUAUCCAGGAGUUGGGUCAGGAUGAUGAGAAACACGGCUGGUCGAAGAUGACCAACCUUGGCCGCACCCUACCCGGCAGCGGCCUGGCCUGCGUGAGCCCCAAGAGCUCCGACUCGCACGAGUCCACCAUGAAGAUCCGUGUCUACCACCAGAAUGACGACCUCAGCUUACGCGAGAAGCUGUACGACGGCCGCCACUGGAAGGACGGAGAGUUCUCCGUUUCCAAGGCUCCGCCUCGCACGGAUCUGGCGGCUACCGUCUUUCACAACGACCGCAUCCGCGUCUACUUCGUCCACGAGGAUAACCAGGUGAUGGAGAUGGCGUGUGACGAUGACAAGUGGCAGCGCGGCGGCUUCCGCCAGCAAUGCGUGCCCGGCAGUCAGGUCGCGGCCCUCGCCUUUAGCCGCAGGGAGGUCCAGCUUCGUGUCUUCUUCCAGAGUGGGAAGCAUGUUACUGGUGUGACUGAGUGGAAGUACGAGCGCGAGUGGAAACAGGGCAAGGAGGCGCUUCCUCCUGCUUAGGUGAGAUAUGUGACUGCGAGAGUACUCUUCUUGCUGAGGGCUCUUAGGGUUAUUCUUCGAGGGGCCCUAGGAUCUCGUUACGCACCUCAAAGCCCUAAGAGCUGUCGAUGAGUAGCCUUCGAAGGAUUCUCACAUUCCGCGCGUUGGCCUACGCACUAUGCUUUCUUUACUUGUGCAUAUAGUGGCCUUGGUAGUCCCACUGCAUGUUCUUGGCAAUCAGGGAAAGUUGACAUUUGAUUUCAG